CGCUUCAGACGGUUCGCUGACCCAAGCCCUCCAACUAGGCACCUCUCCUGAGCUUAGAACAGCGAUCACACCGAAAGCACAAUCCUCUCGAGACAGAUGUGUUAAACCAGUGGUCAGCGUUUCAGCAGCCAUGGGCCAUGCCGCACUGCGGACAGGAGGAUCUUCAGAGUUCUCUAGCCAAGGGUUCAAUCGCGGAAUAUUCCCAAGGCAGAGUUUCAUGGGAAUUGAGACAUGAAAGAAGUUAAGAAGCAAAGCAGGGAAGUGGCGUUGAGCUUGGGGAAAUGACAGCUAACUGCUCAUAAAAAACCUCACCCACAACCACCUCCUGCCGCACCUACGCAAGAGCCUCUGGGUCCAACACUGGCGUCGCCAGACAGCCCAGUAGUCCCGUGGAAGCAAGUCCUCCUCCACCCUGUAUGAUUGUCUAAUAAGGACUGAGUUAGAGAGACUGAAACGUUGUCAAACCUCAUCGUUCUGCGAUUUGGGUGGGUGAGUCCGGUCUCUACCGCUGGCGUGAAACCAGCACCUCUCACCGGAACUGAUCCGGCCCUUUCGCCCCAUUCCUGGAAAUGCCGGUCUCGCCAUACGUGAACUUUGGUUCUGACUGAAGCGUGAGAGAUUUCGACCUCCCUCCUGAUCAAAGAGAAGGGAACCUGAAGGGAGGAACGAAAAGAACCAGAACAGUUAACGCCCUAAGUCCGCGGCAGAUUCUGUUCCUGUUUCUAUGACACUUCACAUUCGGUUUUAGGACUGCGAAAUAUUAUUGACCGUUAGCUCCAGUCCUAGAAGUAACUGAAAAGACGAGACUUUCUCCAUCUGGAGUCAAGCUAACAGAACGAGAGAAGUUGGAAGGGUCUGAGACUGAACUCGCUUGGACACUGAUACAAUUAACAAUCAAGCAUUCACAUUCGUAGAAGAACGGCAUCUGGGAGUUGUUCACGCAACUGCGGAGUAAAAACUUGAUCAGCACCCAUCUCGCACAGUGCAGGGAGGUGAUCGGUGGAUUUACCGCAGCUUCACGGAGACAAUUGUGCUACUUUCACUGGGUGACCGGCGGCAAACAUGACCUGCACGAACGACAAAUUAUACCAGUCAUCUGCAUUUACACCCAGAUUUUUCGUUGUAAUCUACAGUCUUCUCUUUAUUAUAGGGCUUCCGGAAAACAUCGUAGCAUGCUUUUAUUUAUUAUACAACAAAGCCAAUAAAAGACUGACUGAAGUCAAAAUCUACAUGAUCAAUUUGACACUGGCGGACCUGAUGUUCGUUGUGUUUCUUCCAGUCUGGGUCGAUUAUUACAAUAACGGAAGAAACUGGAGAUUAUCCGACCGUGCGUGCGGUUUCUUUGGGUCUCUGUUUUACAUCAACACCUACAGCACUCUCUGCUUCUUGUCACUGAUAAGCUUCAGCCGCUACCUCGCUGUCUCACGGCCGCUGAAAACAGCUCAGACGAAGCAGGUGGUAAGAGCUGUCAUCCUUACCGCUGUAAUAUGGACAGGAACUCUGGGUGCUUCUAUACCUAUUUUGAUCACAAACAGUAACCACACCAAUAAAAGACCGGACAGCAAAACAAGCUGUUUCGAAAAUUACUGCAGCGACAAUGAGUCAGAACGAUCGCGUUUAUUGAUCAUUCACUCGAUUAUGGCGCUGACUUUCGCUGUCACCUUCGGGGUGGUGAUUGCUAAUUAUAUCCUCAUCCUUCGAAAACUUUUGAUUGACAAGGUAGCGUUGAGUUUGCCUCAAGGCAAGCUGAAGAAACGGGCUUCCCGAAUGGUGCUGAUGGUUCUAGUGAUCUACAGCCUUUGUUUUCUCCCAUACCACAUCAUCCAACUGCCUUGGGUGGUUUACGUUCUCAACUUCACGAAACCUGGAGAUGGCACCUUCAGGAAGAGUUUCAACGACGUUCACCACGUUACUCUGGGCCUGAUGUGUAUCAACUGUGUUCUGGAUCCUAUUGUUUACUGUUUUCUGACCGAAGAUUUCAGACAAUACCUGAGAGAGUGGAUGGGCUACCUCAGGAAUAACUGUGUUCUGAAGAGGCAAAAAUCUCAAACCAUUCACAGUUGAUCGCAGUAUCCCAAUUCGGUGUGAAUGUAUUGAUUGUAUAUUUUCAGUGAUUUGUAUUAUUUUGCUUUGCAAGUAACGAUGAGUAACUUUCCCCGUUGUCCAAAAAAAACGCAGCGGCUUGUUUGUUUACAACCAGACUACCGACCAGCUCCGAGAAAAUCUGUACGAACUACGGGUUAACACACUGCUUCAUGUAUUUUUACCAGAGCCGAUCACUUCGUUUGAUUCCAUGGCUUUUUACUGUUAAACUGUUGUUUACAAUUGCUCUUUUUACAUUUCCGUUUAACUUCAAUAACAAUCAAAUAACAUACUAGAUUUUUUUUUCAUCGAAAUCUUCCUUUAAGCACUAAGGAAAUUGCCAGUUCUUAAGAGUUAUUUACAAUGGGGAAGCGGUGUUUUUAUUCAAAAAGCGUUUUAUAGAGGCUCACAAAAACAGGGAGGAACAGAGAUUAACAUAGAUUUUUUUUUAAUCUCCUGGAUUGGGGAAUCUAGAACCGGAGAUGCACAGGGUUAAGGUGAAAAAGAGUGAAAUGUUAAGAGGGUCUGAGGAGAAGGUUUUUUCCCCCCCUCGAGGAUGGUGAAUAGCUAGUAUGGAGCUUGUGGAGGCGCAUUCCAUUGCGAUAUGUAUGACUCUAUCACGCAGUUGAUCUCUGGUCAUUGUCAUGAAGUCAGCUGGUCUCAGUCAGUAGCAGUUGGGAAUUUCAAUGUCUUAGUGCUAUGGAUGGCGCAUAGUCCACCCUUUUUUGAUUUCAAUUAACCCGUGCUCAUGGCAAACAGAACUAAUGAGGAGAGCCGUUUUAUCUGAAUGGAGUAGGAUAAUCAUCCCAAUAGUAAAGGAAAGGAUCCAUCCAGUAGCUUUUCCCCAGGAGCUCCAGAUCCUUCCCACUUUCGAAAGAUGUACUGGUUGAUAAGUUAACUGGACGGUGUAAAUUAUCUCCAGUAUAGAUGUGCGGUUCAAGCUGCACCCUGUUCUGACCCGGAAAUAAUUCAUCUUUGACUCUAAACCCUAGAUCUCCUCCCCAGCAGCAUUGUGGGAGCUCUGCCCCAAAGGACUGCAACCCGUCAAGAAGGUAUCCCAUCAUUACUUCUCAAAGGCAGUAAAUGUUGGCCAUGAUUAAUACUCAUCACACCCCUUCAGUUUUCACUCAGAGUUAAAGAACACAAUGUCCCAAUCUGUACAAAAUGAACGUCUUGUAAAAAAAAAUGUGAGAAAAUGAUGCAACUUGAGAUUUUACAAGAUUUGCAGAAUAUUUCUUACCAGGCCCAUUGCUGUUUAAUGAAGAGCUGUGCAGCUCCAAUUUAUUGUAUAAAUAUUUGUGGCUUUUUUUUUUAGGGUUAUGCACAAUGUCUUCAUUAAAUGAGGGCAAAAGUUAUAUUGUUUUCAGCUCUUGAGUAAUUUUUCCAGAAUUCCAGUAUGUUAAAAGUUGGAAAUUACUGACCAGCACUCUGACUAUGCAUGUGAGAGAUUACAAUUACAAUUUCUAAAUAUUUCUGACACUGGUGAAUCAUGACAAAUAUUAAUAAUAUUUUGAUGUAAAUGAUAGUAGUGUUAUUUUCCUGCUCUUCGGGCUGAAAAUAAAUGU